GCGCAUACCAUUAGCCUCGAACUGGGAACCAAAAUUUAACCCAAAAUACCGCCGCGACAACGAGACAAUUGUCAAAAUGCUUCUCGACGAAGAUCCCGCUGCUCUUAUCGCGCAAUGCACCUCGCACUUCAAAAUCUCAAACGACACCGCCUCCCUCCUCCGCAUCGGCGACAGCCUCUCUACGCUCUCCACCUUCCGCACCCAACAUCUCCAAUCCAUCCAAUCCUCCCUGUCCGCCCUGAACCGGACACACCAAACCCUCUCAGCGAACCACAACCACACGCUAGCGCAGCACAACCCAACAAACCACGCAGCUGAGAUUUUAAGACUGGACACGGCAAAGUUCAAAAUUGCGAAGCAGGCGAGUGAUCUUGAAAUCGAGGGGGAGAGGUUGCAGCAGGAUCUCGGACGGCUUGGGGGAGUAGCGAGCGAGCUGGAGGAAGAAGGUGUAGAAGGAGGGGCGGUGGAAAGGCCCGGGGAUGAUGCUACAGUACUGAAGCUGAAACUCUACCGCACGCUCGGCAUCGACGUCGAAGCUGAUCCCACAACCGGUGAAUAUAACAAAGCCAUUAUCCGUAAUGCGGCAAAGGGCGACGUCCAUGUUGUCAAUAUCGAUCCGAAAUUCUCGCGGCACUUUUACACGAAUUAUUUUUGGCGGACGAUGUAAGUCGUUCAGUCUGCUGGAUAGGAUGCAGGGCGUAAGAAGCAUGUCUCCUUCGGAUGAGUAAUUGAAGCCUUCCCAAGGACUGGAAGCGGCGUUGUGGAUACAAGUCCUAUUUUGAGAUACCUUUUGUACUUGCGGCGUUUCCGGGGGUUAAUGUCCAUGACAUGACCAUCAUGCAGAUUUAUUACUUGAGGCGAACUUACUCCCCCUUGGCCG